UUGAGGUUAUGUUUUCUUUUAAUUAUUUAUUUGUGUUGUAUGGUGUUGUUUGUGUUACAAUUUGCAAUGGAAUUAAUAAAUGGAAAAUCCUGCCGAACUUGCCUAAGCAAUGGUAUCCCACUAACUUCCUUGGAUGUGAAGUUGUUCGAUGGCAUGGACGGUGAAAGUAUGCUGAACUUCCUCCUUGGAAGUUCAAGGGAAGUUAAGAAAGAUUUCUUCUGGAUCUGCGUUCCCUGCAGGAAGAAUCUCAUUUCAUCCUACUGCUACAAACUCCAGUGUCUUGAAUCUGAGGAGAAGAUCAUGCAGGAAUUCAGUCAAUUCACCUCUCCUCCUGAUGCUGCCUGUGAGACUUCUCAAGAACCCACAAUGUUGUCACCACACAAAGGGGAUGAGAAUGAUACCAGAGCUUCUGUAGAAGAUCCCGAAGAAUUUCCUGACACAAAUGAACCAGAAUCAUUUUUUCUGGAAGAUCUGGAUAAAAAAUCAACGGCCCAGGAGAAAAUUCUCAAGUACUGGCUGUGCAGGAAAUGUGAUUUGUUGUUCCCGGAGAGACAGGGCUACGACAGACAUAAAUGUGAGCAAAGCAGGGGAAUUUUUCGCUGUCUUCCGUGUCAAAUGAGAUUCUCAGAUCAUUUAUCAUACGCUAAACACUGUCAGGAACAUUCUCAUUCAGAGGAAUCUCAGAAAAUCAUCCAAGGAUGUAAAUUCUCAGAGGAAGAAGCUCAAUCACCUAAACCUAGAUCUCUAAAGAAAACUCAACCAACCUUCCGGACAAGGACUUCAGGAGAAGGCCAAGCGGGUAAAUCCUCACAAGAAAAACUUCAAGAUAGAAAGAAAAUCUCUAUAGGAUUGAGCAACACCGCUGAUGUCAUAAGCUGCCCCAAAUGCUUCGCCACAUUUCCAGAUAAAGACUCCCGCAGGAAGCACUACAGUCGCGAGCAUCUACUGCCCCCACGCAAAAGGACUACAACAGUUUGUGAAGAUUGCGGCAAAACCGUCCAAACGCGCUACCUGAGAAGCCACAAAAUUACUCAUCGUGAGAAGAGUUUCUUCUGUGCCUUUUGCGGAGCAGGAUUCAUAUCCAAGGAGCGUCUCAAGAUGCACAUCCGGAUACACACAAAGGAGGAAACCUACAUCUGCCCCUACUGCAACAGAGGCUUCGUUCACUGGGGAACCCGAAGGGAUCACAUUCGAAGCGUGCACGAGGGCAAUGCAGACAACUUUAAAAACUACAAAUGCGAUCUCUGUGAUCAGAAGUACAGAAAGAAGUUCCAUUUGGACGUUCACAUGAGGAAGCACACGGGUGAGAAGCCCUAUCAGUGUCCUCAAUGCGAAAAGAGGUAUAGGUACAAGAAUGGCUUGAAGGAACAUUUGGUCAGUCAUACGAACGAGAAGAACAUGAUCUGCACGAUCUGCAGUAAAUCCUUUGCCCUGAGGAAGUAUCUCAUGCAACACAUGGUCACUCAUUCGGAAGUUAGGAAGCACGUGUGUGAUAUUUGCAAUAGAGGAUUCACCCAGAAGCACGUUCUCAAAUCCCACAGGCGUGCCAAUCAUCCAGAUCAUCCGGAAUUGCUGCCCAAAUAGUCAAAUAAAAUGAUUAAAAAAAAUAAAACAAAAAGAAAAUGUUUUUUUAAGGCUCUGGUCAACUCCCCAAGUAACCUCCACCCUCGCCUCACGGUAAUCUACAGAGCAU